UUAGAUAAGUACAAUGUUUAUUCAAUGUACAUACCCCAAAUUUUUAAUUCUAAAUUGACUGUACUAAGUGCAAUUGCUUCCGAAUGCGCUGCAUUUAUGCACUAGCAAAACCCUUUUACUUAGACAUAGAAAUUUAGAUUAUUAUAGUUAAUGCAACCAUUAACUCCAUCACUUUAAUAAAAAUGACAUUUCCUUCAGAACUAAUUAUAGUAUUCAUAUUGUUAACUAUAUUAACUAAUAAUACAUGGUAAUAUACUAAUAAGAUCAAAACAGUGACAUCAAAAAAUCAUUUCUAAAGUUCAUAUUCCUAAGUGUAAGAAAUUUACUGGCUAGUUGUUUAUAAAAUACUCGUGUAUAUUUUAUAUAUGAAAUGUUAAUAUUCUUAUGAAGUAAUUUAAAGUUUAUAUAAUACCUUUAAUAGCUAUUUUUUUUAUUAUAGACUAAUAAUCGCGUAAGUUUGGUAUUAAAUAUAGGAAAGAGUUACAUGCCAAACUAUUUUCCCCAAAAUGUGAUUCUGGGCAUUCAACAUUACAAAAGCAGCGAUUUGCUGUAACCCUAGAGGAGAAAGCACAUUCCCCUAGGAUUUAAGCAAUUAAGGAUAUUCUUUUUUUAAAGGAGACUCCACUGCCGCCGUGUUGUCCCCCUCCCGUCCGCGCCGGUAACGGCUUUGCAGGCUCUCCGGCACGCCUCAGCCUCUGGGUGGCGGCGUGUUGCAGGAAAAACCACGGUCAGUCCAAAACCGGAGGCGCGCACCCACAGCGCGGACACCGCAGCCACUGUCCCCACGCCAAACCUCUGCGGACUCCGCCCGCCGUCCGGGCGCUCCUCCGCCGCUUCACAGAGGGUAGGGACCCGCCCCUGGAGGUGACUGACGGGCUGUAUCCUCCAAUGGCCAGCGCGCUCGGCCCCGGCGGGCUGGGCCAGGGCCGCGGCACGCGGAGGAAUCUCUCUUGUCCUUUAGUCCCGGGCGAGGUGUUGCGGCCGGCGCCAUUUUACCAAGCCGCCGGUCUCGGGUGCCGCCAUGUUGGUGAGGAGAAAUCACCGUUACGGCCACUGUCCAAAUCCCCGCGACGGUGCACGCCGCGCGCCCGCUCCCCAGCCUCAGCCACCGGCGGCGAAUAGAGACUAAAGCGGCAGCGCCGGCAGCGCGGGCCCGUGGCCCAGUGUUUGCAGUUAGAGCCCCACCUCUCUGGCGUGGUUGUUAAUAGACUGGAAAGUCUGUGUCUGUGUCGCUCACUAGUAACCGUGAGUUUUUACCACCUCGUCACCUCGGCGGCGGCCGGGAGCAGGCACCCGCAGGCGGCGCAGGGGUCCUCCCAGACCUGCCCUCCAGCCCCGCCCCGUUCUUGACCAAACAUGACAGACUCUGAACAUGCAGGGCACGACAGAGAAGAUGGUGAAUUAGAAGAUGGUGAAAUAGAUGAUGCUGGAUUUGAAGAAACACAAGAAGAGGAAGUAAAAGAGGGUGAAAAGCAGAAAAAUGAGAAAACCUACAGAAAAUCAAGGAAAAAACACAAGAAAGAGAGAGAGAAGAAAAAAUCCAAAAGGAGAAAACGUGAGAAACAUAAGCAUAAUUCUCCAUCUAGUGAUGAUAGUUCAAACUACAGCCUUGAUUCAGAUGUUGAACAUACAGAAAGUUCCCACAAAAAAAGAACUGGUUUCUACAGGGAUUAUGACAUUCCAUUUCCUCAGCAUGGACAUAUAUCAGGAAGCUACAUGGCAUCAAAGAAGAGUCAACAUAACAAAAAAUUUAAAAGUAAAGAGUAUGGUGAGUACAGUACCUACAGUGAUGACAACUUCAUUCCCUACGAUGAUGACAACUUCGACCCCUAUGGUGAUGACAGCUUUGGUACGUACGGCGGUGACAGCUUUGGUACCUAUGGUCACGAAACAGAGGAAGAUUUUGCCAACCAGCUGAAACACUACAGACAAGCUAAAGAAACCUCAAAUACUGCUUUAGGAUCAUCAUUUUCCAAAGAAACAGGGAAAAAACAAAGAAUGAAAGGAAUUCAGCAAGGUAUUGAACAGAGGGUUAAAAGUUUCAAUGUUGGUCGUGGACGUGGUUUGCCGAAGAAAAUCAAACGCAAAGACCGUGGGGGAAGAGCCAAUAAAGGGCCUAAUAUUUUUUCAGGAAUGGAUGACUUUCAAGAGUAUAGUAAACCAGGGAAAAAAUGGAAGGUUAUGACUCAGGAAUUUAUUAAUCAGCACACAGUGGAACACAAAGGAAAACAAAUCUGUAAAUACUUUCUGGAAGGGAGAUGUAUUAAAGGAGAUCAGUGUAAAUUUGAUCAUGAUGCAGAGUUGGAGAAGAGAAAAGAGAUCUGCAAAUUUUAUUUACAAGGGUAUUGUACCAAAGGAGAGAACUGCAUUUAUAUGCAUAAUGAAUUUCCAUGCAAGUUCUAUCAUAGUGGAGCAAAAUGUUAUCAAGGAGAUAAGUGUAAAUUUUCACAUGAUGAUCUGACUAAAGAAACAAAGAAACUUUUGGACAAAGUGUUGAAUACUGAAGAAGAAUCCAUAAAUGAAGAUGAAAGAGAAUUAGAAGAACUUAGAAGGCGUGGCAUAACUCCUCUUCCCAAACCACCUCCCGGAGUUGGGCUUCUGCCAACCCCACCAGAGCAUUUUCCCUUUUCUGAUCCUGAAGAUGAUUUUCAGACAGAUCUCUCUGAUGAUUUCAAGAAAAUUCCAUCUCUUUUUGAAAUAGUUGUAAAACCUACUAUGGAUUUAGCACAUAAGAUUGGGAAGAAGCCACCAGCAUUUUAUAACAGUGCUUCACCACCAGGACCACAAUUUCAGGAUAGCAGCCCACAUCCUCAACAUAUCUAUAGUUCUGGGUCAAGUCCAGGUCCUGGACCUAAUAUGUCUCAGGGACACCAUAGUCCUGUGAUGCACCUAGGCUCCCCUGGGCAUCAUCCCUGUGCAGGACCUCCUGGUCUCCCAAUGCCACAGAGCCCACCAUUGCCACCUGGUCCACCAGUUGUAGACCCUCAUGGUCAAGCUGGAGUACUUGUUCAACCAGAUAUACUUUUGACACCACCAAGUAUGAGUGGUGCUUACCAUUGCCCAGGCUUUCCAGAGCACAUGGUGAAAGUGCCUGGAGAGAAUCACUGUUGUCCAGGUUCAGCACACAUGCAAAGUACUGGUGAAGUGCAGCUCAGCACCAAUUAUGAGUCCUUACAGAACCCAGCUGAGUUUUAUGAUAAUUACUAUUCACAGCAUGCCGUACAUACUUUUCAGCCACCCAGUAACUCUGGUGAUGGAAUGUGGCCUGGUGAAUUUGCCCCGCAUCAGCCUCCCAUAGUUCAAGACUCACCUGACCACGGGAGUGGGUCUGAUGGCAGCAACAGGACAGGCCCCAGCCCCCUGCCCACUCCGGGUCUGCUCCCUGCAGUGCAGAGAGCUCUUUUUGUCCGACUUACUCAGAAGUACCAAGAUGAAGAGCCAAGCAGCACCCAGCUUCAAAGGGCGCCAAGCAAGGAAGAAGAUGAUACUGUUAACUGGUAUUCCAGUAGUGAAGAGGAAGAAGGAAGCAGUGUCAAGUCAAUACUGAGAACAUUACAGAAACAAACAGAAACUUUAAGGAAUCAGCAACAGCCUUCUACAGAGCUCAGCACUCCCACUGAUCCAAGACUUGCUAAAGAGAAAAAUAAAGGGAACCAAAUUGUUGACCCUAGACUUAGGACUAUCCAAAGGCAAGACAUUAGGAAGUCUUCUGAGUCUGCCCCACUGGACCGUAGACUUGCGUGGGAUCCCAGGAAAUUGAGAGGGAAUGGAAGUGGUCAUGUUAGCUCUUCUGGGGGAGCGAAGUCUGAUUUACUUCAUGCAAGUGCUGGCACUAAUGUCAAACACAAAAGAGGAGAUGACGAUGAUGAAGAUGCAGAAAGAGAACUGAGAGAAAAAGCUUUCUUAAUACCUUUGGAUUCUUCCCCUGGUGUAGUACUCCAAGAUCCAAGGUCACAACUGAGACAAUUCAGUCACAUUAAAAUGGAUAUUAUCCUAACCAAACCCAACUUUGCAAAACAUAUCGUGUGGGCUCCAGAAGACUUACUUCCAGUCCCUUUACCUAAACCUGACCCAGUAUCUUCAAUCAAUUUACCUCUGCCCCCUCUUAUAGCUGACCAGAGACUCAAUAGGUUAUUGAAUACAAAAAGCGACCUUCAUCAAAACACAGUGCCCCUUGAGUCAAAAUUAGCAGUGAAAGCCAAAAUGAACACAAACAGGGAAGGCCAUGUUGAACAAUUUGGAGAUUUACAUAGUUCAGGAAGUAAAUUAGGAGACCCGAGGCUCCAGAAAAAUUUUGAUCCUAGACUUCACAGACUGCACAAUACAGAGUCUCAUCAAGCGACGGUUAUGAAGGAUUCACAUACAUCAAAGGGUGCCCCUCAGUUAGCCAGAUCAAAUCCCAGGCCCUCACAGCCCUCAGGGGCCAUAACUGGCAAUUCUGGUCCUGGGGCAUUGCCUCCAUAUGCUCCGAAACUCUCAUCUUCAGCUGGCCUUUUACUGGGAACUCCAAGUUCAGUUCUUAGUGGUAUUAGUUUGUAUGACCCCAGGGAGCAUGGGUCAGUGUCUACAUCAGAGCUAGCAACAGAGAAUGCAGAGAACCAGAAAAACAGUGAUGGUUUAAAAAGUAGUGACAUAAAUGAGCCUUCUCCUGGAAAAGCAAUCCUGCAACAGAAAACCACUGCAAAUGUGGAAGAGACUGCUGAUGGGCCAGCUGACCCACAGGGAGAUAGCCUCAGGAGUUCCGGCAUGGCUCAGGCCCCAGCAGUGCACAGCCUCCCUAUCCAGGCAUUAACAGGCUUAAUUAGACCCCAGUACAGCGAUCCAAGGCAGCCACGGCAGCCGGGACAGGUGAGCCCCAAUCCAGAUAAUGAUCCCAGUAGAGAAACUGAUGAUAAAUCUCUGAAAGAGGUUUUUAAAACGUUUGAUCCAACUGCUUCACCGUUUUGUUAGCUAUUGUGUAACUAAGCAAUUCUUUUCACUCUUGUGACUGUUGCAGUCCUCUGCUGUUUUGUAACUGGUUUACCUCUAUAGUUUAUUUAUUUUUAAAUUAUAAACACUUUUCAGCUGCUAGUGUCAGAACCACAUGAAAUUAUAUCAUCUGAAGCCUGUAGUAUUUUAUAUAAUAUUUUUAUAACUUUGAGAAACUGUAGUAAUUGACAUAGAAACCUAUAUAUCAUGUUAGCAUCAGUAAAAGUACUUUUAUUGUAAAUAAACCAUCAUGAACUCAACACUCUGCCUGAAUAUAUGCUGAUUGUCUUUCAUAAUUAAUGUUUAGAUAAAUGAUUACCACUUUUAUAUGGUUGUUAGUUUCAAGCAAUAUGAUGUACAUUACUUUUGAAAAACAGUAUUUUGACUAGGAUCCUAUUUGUCCACACAGAACUGAUUAAUAUGUAAUGCUCACUGCUAACUGAAAUGUAAAAUGAAGUAAAGAAAACAUUUUUAAACCACAAUUAGAGCAGUUCAUGGUUAAGGGCAUCACUUUUGUUAGUAUUGACAAUAUUAUUUGUGUAAAGGAAGCAUUUGAAUGUCAUUAAAAUAUUUUAUUGUAUACUGUUAUCAUAGAAGUUGGAGAUGUAUAGAUUGUUUUACUAAAGUGAAAUAUACCCAGUUUCUCUAAUACAACUUUUUAAAUUUAAUUUUUCACAUUAGUUAUAAGUUACUGCCUUGUUAUAUUGUGAUGUUUAUGUGUUUUAAUGUUUUUUGUCUUCAGCAGCAUAAUUUAUAUUACUUUUUCAAAUGAUGUAGCUGCAAUAAUUGUAUUCAUCAUGACUUUGGCAGUUUUUAACAAAAUAAGUGAUUUAAAUAAAUUUAUGAAAAUUUAGUGAUUAUUGCAUUAAUAAUGUUUUAAAUGUCCAGGUUCUAUAUUUUUUCUUAAAUAGCAAGAAAACACAGAGAUGGUAUAGUCAGCUGUAUAUGGCUACCAAUAAAGAAUCUUUUUCAUAUCUUA